UACACCCUGCUAAUGCGGGAUAGAGUAUCCAUUGCCAGACAAUUCGUUUCUUUGACAGAGUGUGUGACGACAGUCCAGAAACUUUCUACGCAGGCUUACCGUUCGCUGUAGAAGAAUCAUAUUUCAAUCCCUUGCUUCGAGUGAAAGCGAGUUUCAAGCCGCUGGUUCGAGUAAAAGCGCGAGGAACGCAAGGAUGGGCGGUGCUACGCAGACGACCAGCCUGAAUUCCGAGAACCACGAAUCGACGAUACCGGAAGCGUCGGAAUCAGGGUACAAUGAGCAUGUUCGGCAUCAUGGUGGGAAUAGCGGUGAUCCCGAAACCGCACCGAUACUCCCGUCGACGGCUCCAGUCCUCGGCGUGCCUUUGUUGUCGGCGCCCGUCCCUGGCGAAUAUGUGCACCCGGGGGGAGCUUCACCCUGGCAGACGGGCCUGUUCGGCUGCUGUGACAACAACGGCUUCGAGAGUGGCAGCGACUGCAAGAUAUGCUGUCUGGGCUUCUUCUGCUCGCCGUGCCUCUUCGGCACCAACCGCGAGAUGCUGACUGGCGACGAGAGCGAGUGCUGUCGCUGCUGCUGCUCCUUCUAUCUCAUAGGAGUCGCUGCGGAGCUCGCUGCGAUUCAGGGGUACCCGCUUGCGUUUGUGACCUAUUUGUUUCCGCUGUUCACCUCGCAGACGCGCGCCGAGAUUCGACGCACCUACGGCAUUCAGAGUGAGGCGCACUGUAUGUGCAGAGAUCCUUCGCCCCUCAGUGAGAGGGUGUGUGACUGCUGCAUCCACGCCUGGUGCCUGGGAUGCGCGCUCUGCCAGGAGUCCCGAGAGCUCAUGCGCCGUCCCACCGCUGGAAGGGGAAGGUUUCUGCAGAUGAAGCCUACUGUGGCUCCACUCACACAGACAAUGCAUCCCUAGGGAGAAGCAGUGCAUAAAAGUUUUGUGUGACUGGUGGCUGAGGCUGCCUGCUGGAAGGGGGGGAAGGUUGUCAAACAUGUGUAAUCUGUAAUGUUUGUAUAGACUGUAUAGGGUCACCUUUUAGAGGGUACAACCCUUAGAUAUAUUUCCUUGUACACAGGUUUUCUAA